UAAAUCGUGUUCCUCUUUCUCUUUCCCAAAAUUCAUUUCAGCAAAAGCAAAAAGAAAGAAUCGAAUGAAGGGGGGGACAGUACAAAUCAACUGGCACGACACGAAGCCAGUCCUAACCCUAGAUUUCCACCCUCUUUCCUCUACUUUAGCCACCGGCGGCGCCGAUUACGACAUCAAGCUCUGGUUGAUAAAUUCAGACUCAGACGAAACAGAGAAGAAAGGCCCAACAGCUACCUACCAAAAUAGCCUUUCUUACCAUGGUUCUGCUGUUAAUACCCUUCGCUUCUCUCCUUCCGGAGAACAACUUGCGUCUGGUGCCGAUGGAGGUGAGCUGAUCCUAUGGAAGUUACACCCCACAGACACAGGUCAAACAUGGAAGGUUUUCAAGACUUUAUCAUUUCACCGGAAGGAUGUUCUGGACUUGCAGUGGUCGGGCGAUGGUGCAUUUCUGAUUUCUGGAUCAGUUGAUAAUUCUUGUAUCAUAUGGGAUGUAAACAAAGGUUCUGUCCAUCAGAUUUUGGAUUCCCAUUUCCAUUAUGUUCAAGGUGUUGCAUGGGAUCCAUUGGCCAAGUAUGCUGCUUCCCUUAGUUCUGAUAGAACUUGCCGUAUUUACGUUAAUAAGCCUCAAACGAAAGCAAAAGUCUUGGAAAAGAAGAAUUAUGUUUGUCAGCAUGUCAUUUCCAAGGCAGAACAGCCAUCAGUAGAUGAUUCCAAGUCUGUGAAAAACCAUCUUUUUCACGAUGAAACAUUGCCAUCUUUCUUCCGAAGAUUAGCUUGGUCACCUGAUGGAUCAUUUUUACUUGUGCCUGCAGGUUCUUGCAAACUUUCGCCUGCAUCUGAUCCAGUAAAUACAGCUUAUGUGUUUUCAAGAAAGGAUCUUUCAAGGCCUGCUCUACAACUCCCAGGUGCCAGUAAACCUGUUGUAGCAGUUCGUUUCUGCCCCAUAGGUUUUAGCCUUCGGGGUUCAAAUCCAGCUGCAAUCUUUAAGCUCCCUUAUCGCCUCAUUUUUGCGGUGGCCACUUUGAAUUCUUUAUACGUUUAUGACACAGAGAGUGUUCCUCCUAUAGCAAUCUUGGCUGGUCUUCACUAUGCAGCCAUAACCGAUAUUGCAUGGUCACCUGAUGGUCGUUAUUUGGCAUUAUCCUCCCAAGAUGGUUACUGUACUUUACUAGAAUUUGAGCAUGAUGAACUGGGAUCACCUGUCUCUUUAUCAGAAUAUAAGAAAGUAAAGGAUGAGAAAAAGAACCCUGUUCAAAAGCCAGAGGAUAUGGUGAUUGAUUUGACAACAAAUAAUAGCGUCGGUGCAGUGGAUGGCACAAAACGAAAAGCAGGCAACAAUGAAGGAAAACAGGAAUCACCAAAUAAGAACCCUGUUCAAAAGCCAGAGGACAUGGUAAUUGAUGAAACUACAAAUGAUAGUGUUGUCACAAUGGAUAGCGCAAAACCAGAAGAAGGAAACAAUGAAGGGAAACAGGUACCACCAAGCUCAGCAAGUACUCCCGUCUCAACUAAACCAGCUAAGAGGCGUAUUACUCCCAUCGCAAUUGAUCCUUGAUCCUUGAUAAAUGCAGUGCUCACCUCUGUAAAUUUUGAUGUAGCGUAAUUUGAAGGUUUCGUUUAGAGGUUGUAGAUUUAUCAAUAGUUUUCUAAUGUAGGAUAUAUGAUAUAUAAGGAACCAAUUAGCUCUUAGUUAUAGGUGCUCAAAAAAUGAUAUAUAUAUUUAUUCUUUUAAUUUUCCCGGGAACCAGAGUUUUCUUUAUAGUAGAUUUUGGUGAGAGAUCAAGCCAAUUUUGUUAUGUAUUGGCUUCUUAUAUUGAAAAUCUGGUCGGAUCUAGUCAUAUUAUGAUGACCUUUGCUA